UUGAAGAAAAUACGAAAUGAAGUACAAAAAUUUAUCAAGUUUAUUACUGCUUUUGUUGUGUGGCACAGCUUUUUCGAAUGAUAGUAGUUUAGUAGUGUCAAGUACCGAACGUGCUAACGAAAUUACCGAAAAAACAGAAACUAAAAAUGACACCGAAAUCAGUCCAAAAAUAUAUUCGAUGCAAAUUGACUCAAACAUCACUAAUCGCUUUGCAACAACACUCGUGACUAGUAAAGUAAGAAAUUUGAAGAAAACAGCGGCGGAAACAACUUUCUCCGUUGUUUUGCCCGAAAAUGCCUUCAUCUCAGCAUUUGAGAUGGAAAUUGAUGGGAAAAUAUACAAAGCUCAUGUUAAAGAGAAAGAGGAGGCUAAACAAAUCUAUCAAGAGGCGGUAUCAAGAGGGCAAAGUGCGGCUCAUGUUGAACUAAAUGCAAGAGACUCAAAAACAUUUACAGUUUCGGUGAAUAUAGAACCCGAAAGCAAGACAAUAUUUAGACUGACUUACGAGGAACUUCUUAAACGCCAACUUGGACAAUAUGAACUCGUUAUUAAUAUACAUCCUGGUCAAAUUGUCCACGAUCUUGGUGUCAAAGUUCAUAUUAACGAAAGCAGGCCCUUAACAUUCGUUAAAACACCAUCUUUACGAACCGGAAAUGAAGUUAGUAAAAAUUCCGACAAGUUAGAUCCUUCGGCCAAAAUAGAAGUCAUGAAUUCAACUUCUGCUCUCGUUGAGUUUAAUCCCGAUAAAGAUAAACAGAAAGAAUUUGCUCAACUUCUGGGGAGUGAGAAAGAGAGUGGAUUAGCUGGACAAUUUGUUGUUCAAUAUGAUGUUGAAAGAGAUCCUCAAGGUGGAGAGGUUCUAAUCCGUGAUGGCUACUUCGUUCACUUUUUCUCCCCAUCUGAAUUGAGACCUUUACCAAAACACGUUGUAUUUGUGCUGGACCAUAGUGGUAGCAUGAGUGGAAGAAAAAUGGACCAGUUGAUAGAAGCAAUGCAGAAUAUUUUAUCCGAGUUGAAAGAAACCGAUUUGUUUAACAUUGUUCGCUUUGGAGAUGUAGCUCUGGUCUGGGAUGUGUCUCAAAAUAUAUUCGUUCAACUUCCAGAUAUUCGAGAUUAUGGAAACCUGGAACCGCAUUUAAAAGAGAUGAAUUUGCCACAGGCUGUUAACGGCACAAAAGAAAAUAUUGAAGCGGCCAAAAAUAUCAUCAAGGAUACGUCUAAUCUAGGAAUGACUAACAUGAUCUACGGCUUAGAAGUCGGUUUAUUCUUAAUUAAAAGAACACAAGAAAAGGUGUCUGACAAGUAUCAACCUAUGAUUGUAUUUCUAACGGACGGUUAUCCCAAUGUAGGGAUGAGUGAUAGAAACCAAAUUACAAAUACUGUAACAACUCUCAACAGUGGUAACAAAAAGGCGUCGAUUUUCUCGCUUUCGUUUGGGGACUCUUCCGAUAAAAGUUUCUUAAGAAAAUUAUCAUCGAAAAAUUUGGGCUUUUCGAGACACAUUUACGAAGCUUCAGACGCUUCACUCCAAUUACAAGAUUUCUACCGCGCGAUUUCUUCUCCUCUUUUAAGCAAUGUCAAUUUUAAAUACGUUGAUGGUGUCCAAGAUGUAACAAUAACUCACUAUCCAAUUCUUUUCAAAGGUUCGGAAUUGGUUGUAGCAGGAAGAAUAAAUGAUAGUCCCAAUGUUUUAAAUCAUGUCGAAGCAUGGUGUCCUAUGGGUCCUAUUAAAUUUAAUGCUACCAUCAAAAGCGAAGCUGUUAGUUCUUUGGAACGACUCUGGGCGUAUUUAACUGUAAAACAAAUGUUGAAACAGAAAGAAACGGCUGAAAAUACGACGAAUUUGACUAAGAAAGCUCUUGAUUUGUCAUUGAAAUACUCGUUUGUGACUCCUGUCACGUCUUUGGUUGUUGUUAAACCUAAUCAGACUGAAGCUGUUGAUAGUAAAGCUGCUAAGUCUAGACCAGAAUGGGAAAGUGGAGCUCGUUCAACUUUUGCAUCUUCCGGGAUUUUCCGAUCAUAUGCAAGAACGGGUAGCGCUCUUUCAGGACGAUCCUACAUAAUGCCAAUGAGAGGAUACUCGUCAGGAAUGAGCUCUUUCGGAUCACCUCCUACAGCAAGCGUCUCGGCAGAUACUCAAUCAUUGUAUGCCCCAGGAGCAUCGGCUAAUGGACCACAAUUUUAUAUACCACCUCCAGCGAGAGGUCCACUACCUUACCCAAGUUUUACAACUACAUUUCAACCCGGAAUUUUAGAUCAAACUGAUAACGGCGUUACCACUCGAAGACCAAAGUUUCUGCAACCAUCGUCCACAAGCCUUCCACCCACCCAAAAUGCAGUUUUACCUCAAUGGCUUCAAAUUAUGAGAACAAAUAACGGAAAUAUUACCACUCUACAAGGUAUAUUCAAACUGGGUCAAAGCGGCGCUGUUACCACACGUCCCCAGUGUCCUAAAACACCAGCAGGAACUGUCGGAGAAUGCGUGAUUAUUUUUGAUUGUCCUGAAAUAUACAAUGAUUUGACUGAUCUCAACACAUAUCUACAAUAUUUUUGUCCUUUAAAUGAGUUUGCUGGAGUAUGCUGUCCUUCAAGAGUCCUGCCAAUCCCGCCAAUGCCUUAAAAACUUUUAUUAUAGUAUGUACCUUAAUAAAUAAACCAAAAAUAAAUUUUAUACCCAAU